UACUUUAUGUACACAAAGUAUAGACAGAACACAAAGUGUAUAUACUCAAUUUUCAUAGGGAAUAAAUUCUACAUAUUCUGGAGAUACUAUACUGUAUGUAGCUGACAGUGGCAGAAAGAAAAUCAAGUCUUGUUAAGGUAAAAGUAGCCAUACUUUGAAAUACAAUUACUCCACUACAAGCAAAAGUCAGUGUGAUAUUAUAUUAAUUAAUUUAAAUGAUAAAUACAUACAAAUGUAUUGUGUUGAAGCAAAGCUACUUCUUAUGCUGUCUGGUAGUUUGUGCAUCAUAUUUUAUAACUCUGCAUGUAAAACUUUGAUCUUAAAAUAAUGACUAACUAUAGCUGUCAGAUAAAUGCAGUAGAGUAGAAAGGGCAAUAUUUCCCUCUGAAAUGUUGUGGGGUACAAGUAUGAAGUAACAUGAAACAGAAAUGCUCAGGUGCACAAAAACAUUUGAGCAAGAACUGUUUCAGGUGCCAAAGCUUUGCUGUGGUAGGGAUGAUCUUACAGAGGACCAGAUGAAAUUUCAUUAUGAUUAUCUUAUUUCUUUUGCACCCUCUAUCAGAGGUAAUUCUUUCCAUUAGAACAUGACAGAAUUGCUUUUAAUGGCGAUACUUAAGUGAAAUAAUUUUCUAAACAAUCCUCUACUGUCCAUUAAACCGUAAGCUGUAAUUUAAAAUGGAGAAAACAGACUCUCAUAACUUGGAGUACUAAGAAUCAAAAGUUAAAUUCAUGAUGAUAUUGGAUAACAUUUCAUUUUUGGGGGUUGGUCCACUGAGGCAGUGUUAUCAUAAUGAGUUUAUGGAUUGAAAGAAUUGUGGUUGAUACAGCCCAUCCAAUUUGGUCUUCUCUAGGUGUAAGGCAUGCUGCUGAGAGUUCAACCCAUCCCUUGUUCCUUUAUCAUUAUUCAUCUCGUCACUGUUCAAAACUCAAAUUCCAUCUAAACUGAGCUUUGCGAUUUUAUUUUAUUUUAUGCAGAUUUCCCUUUAUUUUAACACAACUCUCCAUCUGCCUAUUUUGCAGGAGGACUCAGAUCCUUCAUCACCAGUGCCCUCUAGUGGCCAGAAGCUGAACUACCAGACAGACCCUCGUCCUCACUUUGGUGUAGCUUGGUCCUCUCACUCCCCAUGUCGCCCCCUGUGGGGCAGCGAGGGGCCCUGCUGGGGGCAAAGAAACCAGGAAGUGCCCAAUCAGACGCACACCUGCCCUCACUGCCAUCUGGGCUUGCCCCCUGACACACUGCGGUGGCACGAGGUUGUAAACGCACACGGACAUAAAUAGAGACACAUGAGCUCACAGUCUCUGCCAAACAUGCCACCACUUAUGUCACUUUGUUUACUAGAGGGCCCCUAACUGUUUUCCUUCUCUCUUCACAGGCUAAGUGUCUGCUCUUCGAAGGGCUGAGGAAGCCGAACAAAUAAAUGGUGUCGUCAUCAGAGAAAAAUGUUGCUUGUACUUGAUGAAUGAUACUCUCUAUUCUCUGUAUUAAUGCUCUCAGGAAAUACUUUGUACCUGAGGAUAUGUGCAAUAUCUGUUUCUGUUGUUAAACAACUGUCUGUUUACACAUUAUUUUGAGCUCAUGUGUAAUUUCAUUGAUAUUUUUAGUGAUGUGCUCAUACAAAUAAAUUGCAUGUGUACAAAAUCACUGCCUUUUACCCUGCUUCAAGAAUAUUGACAAAAUUAAUGAUUUGUGCCUUUUCUAUUUAAAGUACAUUUACACACAUAUCCUUAAUGACUUUUUUAAGAUAUAGAAAUGGAGUUCAUUGAAAGAACAUGAUAUUCAAUUACGUUAAGUCACUGUGUAUCUUUAUGUUUUAUGGUUUGAUUUGCUUCUUGAGGGACAGAUGGAAUAUUUUGAAUUGAACUGAAUGGAGAACUCAGCCGAUACCUGAGUUCUUGUGAUGUCACCAUAGAACCCUAACAUUCUGAGGUUCUUCCACAUUGUCCAGUUCACUGUUGGAUUGAUCGUUGCUGCAGGUAUAGUCAUCUCUCUUUACCGUUUCUUGGUAAAUUCUGUGAUCCUGGGAUUAUCCAAACAGAAAUGGAUGAAGAGUUUGUACCCAUGCAUGGAAAAGACAGUGCUCAGAAGGAAGGUUUUGAUUUAGAGAAUGAAAACAGUGAGGAGGAGAUGAGCGAAGACGGCUCAGAUCUCAGUGAUGGAGGUUGUGAGGGUGGCUCGGGUGAGGUGGGCCACUGGGGGUCACUUCCUGACGUGUGCUUGCGGCAGGUGUUCAGGUGUCUUCCUGAUGGUGAUCGCAGGAGCGCUGACAUGGUUUGUCGCCAUUGGCACAAUGUCAUGCGCUCUCCCUCCCUCUGGCGCUACCGCUUCUUCCACUUCAGUGGUCGCCUCUCCAAAUACAGGCAGUCCGAAUACUGCUCCGCUGUGGCCUAUGCCCGCUACCUGGGAGUCUACCUGGAGAGGCUGGAAGUUUGUGUGUGUCCUCCUCGCAGGUCAUUGGUGGCACAGCGACUGGAGCAAGCCAUCAGUGGGCUGUUUUAUGAGCUUACCAGAGUAAGGGCCCCACUGCAGUCCCUCUCCCUCGUAAGGCUGGAGCUGGACCGGAGUGCCUGGACGUUAGGGCUCAGGAACUGUCUGAUAGACUCCCUGAUUCGCUUCUUACACAGAGGAGCCUCAAGGCUCACCUCUGUUUGUCUGAACGGAAUGCGAAACCGCACAACUCAGGGUCUGGAUCUGCUCUCUGCCUUGUCGUAUUCUCAGAGGCGUUUUGAACCCCGCUGCUAUAUCUCUUUUUUGGACUUGGAGGGAUUCUUUUCCAGCGGCGUGCAUAUCCACCUCGACUCCAGCGUGCCCGGUGUGCUGCGCGAACUGCAAGGCCUCACCAGCCUGAAGCUGAGUUACUCCUGUCUGUCAGACGAGCUGCUGAUGGCUCUCCAGCCAGCUAGGGGUCGGAGGCAAAACUCCAGUAGAGCUGGGAGCGCCUUGCAAGCGUUUUCUCUGAACUGCACUUUGAACGAGACCCACCGACAGGUGGUGUGUGGUGACACGUGGGCGGCUUUGGCAUCAAGCUGCCCGGACCUGAGAGUCAAACUAACAGUGGACCAAAUCAUCAACACUGACCGGCUUGCAAGGAUCCUGCUGCGUGAGAUUCCCCUGACAGAAUUUGCCAUGACAGCUUUCUACUCCCCUGAUGAAGACUGGAGCGCCAGGCCCCUUCUCCGUAGAAUGCUGCCUCAAUACAGAUGCAGCCUGCAGUAUCUGACCCUGGACCUGAGCAACUGCAGUGAAUCACUAGAUGAGGAGUUGCUGGAGCUGGUCAAGGUGUGUGAACGUCUGGAGCAGCUGAGAGUCUGGGCUUUCUUGGAAAUCAGAACUGUGGAGAGGCUGCUACACAUCAGACUGACACAAAGGCAUUUACUCAACAAAAUCAGAGUGAGAGUCUACUCAGUGAAUGACAACACAGGAGAACAGGAAGACCAGCUGGAGGAAAUACUGUCUUCCUACCAGCAUCUCCCACCUGAGCUGGAGUUCUAUGCCAUUAUCUACCCCUUUGUAUGAGCUCUGAACACAUGCUUUGGUGCUUGUGCAUAGACAAAAAAUAAAUGAAUGAAGCAUGAAAUUCUCCUGUUUUACAAAUCUGUUGACUGUAUGAACAAUAACUGGUCAUUUUAGUUUGAAGUUUUGGCAGUGAAUGACUCUCUCUAGCUCUGUAUCUGUGGAUUUUCUCAGGGGGUGGGGGUCGUGGGUUUGUGUGUGUGGAAACAGUGACCUAGUUUCAUUGUAAAGGGUGAUCGGGGGAGGCAAUGUGUGUGUGUGUGUGUGUGUGUGUGUGUGUGUGUACCCUGGCAUGGCGAGAGCACUAUUUAAAGAAACGGAUUAAGAGGCAACAGCGAUAUACCAAACUCUUGAUUGCAUGACACUUGACACACUUGCAUGGAAACAAAGUCUAUUGUAUGUUUUUAAUCUUAUUCCUUUGAUUAAAAAAAUAUACUUCUGUAAAUCUGUUUUAUGACACCUCACUAUCCCUCUAUUAUAACAUACAAACACAACACAUACCUCUGACUACUUGUACAUAUAUUUAAUGUAGAACUAAUCCCAUGCCAGUAUUUAUAUAUCAAAAUGCAGGCACUAUGACUGUACACUGUAUUGUUGUGAAUUAUGACUGUGCAGUGUAUAUUACACAUAUAUUUACUGUAUAGGGACCUAAUUCUAGUUCAGUCCUUCUAUUUGUUUCUAUUUAUCAUUGUCAUUUGUAUUUAUUUUUAUUACUAGUGUAUUUUUUCAUGUACCUACAUUCUUGAAUAUCAUGUGCUAAGUGAAGUAUGUACCAAUCUACAAAUACAGUUUAAUUUGUCCAUUAAUGUUUAUUUGCUUUUAGAACUUCAUAGACUGAUAAUUGGCAGGGUACAUCUGUCUGU